CCCAAAAGGGCUGACUUGGCAUUAAAAAGAUGAUCCACAGGUACUGGGCCUUUAAUUGUUUUGCAUCCGGAGCAGCUCCCCUCUUGCCCCCCCCAGGCAGCCACAGGCCGGGAUCCUGCCGACAACAGCCCCGCUGCAUCUGGCGCUAAGUUAUCGAGUGUGCUGCUGCGGCUGCCCAGUGGUCCACUAUGGCCCAGAACCAGGUGAUCCUGCAGUUCCGAUUCGCCACGUUCGGGGACUCCAUGCUGCAGAAGAUGAACCUUCUCCGACACCAGAGGCGCUUCUGCGACGUCGUCGUCCGCAUCAACCAGCUGGAGGUCCCCGGCCACAAAGUGGUGUUUGCUGCCGGCUCGUCUUUCCUGAGGGACCAGUUCAUCCUGCAGCAGGACUCCAGGGAGGUCCAGAUCUCCAUGAUCCAGGAGGCGGAGGUUGGCCGGCAGCUGCUGCUCUCCUGCUACACCGGCCAGCUGGAGUUUCCUGAGCUGGAGCUCGUGCAUUACCUGACGGUGGCCAGCUUCCUCCAAAUGGGCCACAUCGUGGAGCAGUGCACCCAAGCCCUCAACAAGUUCAUCAAACCUCAGGCCUCGCGCCAGCUGGAGGUGGAUUUGGACCUGCGGAGGGACAAGGGUGGCGAGGGUCCUUCCUCCCAGGCCCACAGGGAGCAGGAGCGGUCUCAGGUGCGGACUGUACCUGAGGGAGAGGAGGAGGACGAAGAGGAAGACGAGGACGAGACGGUGGUGAUGGGCCAGGUUGAGAGAGACAAUAACGUCGAGAGCGACGAGGACGACGAUGUCAUACUCCAGCCGUCUGUGAGCCCCGUCCAGGUGUGGCGGAGGCGGCCGCGGCCCGGUUUGGUGGAUAACGACAUCACCAUCGUGAAAGUGGAGUCUGUGACCGACGUGGCGGAGAACACCAUCACCGGCCACUUCUCCGCCAGCCCCCCCGCUGCGCUGCACUCCCCGGAGCCGCAGCACUCGCUCAUCAACUCCACCGUGGACAGCCGUGGCAGCGAGAUGGCGGCGCCGCCGGGCAUGGCCGGUUACCCGCUCAGCCCGCCUCCCUCGUCCCCCCUCGCCGAGAAGCACGUCGGACACCAGCGGAGCUACGACAAGCCUCUGCAGUGGUACCACCAGUGCCCCAAGUGCGCCCGGGUCUUCCGGCAGCUGGAGAAUUACGCCAACCACCUCAAGAUGCACAAGCUGUUCAUGUGCCUGCUGUGCGGGAAGACUUUCACGCAGAAGGGCAACCUGCACCGGCACAUGCGCGUCCACGCCGGCAUCAAGCCCUUCCAGUGCAAGAUCUGCGGCAAGACGUUUACCCAGAAGUGCUCGCUGCUGGAUCACCUGAACCUGCACAGCGGGGACAAGCCGCACCGCUGCAACUACUGCGAAAUGGUGUUCGCUCACAAGCCAGUGCUGCGCAAGCACCUCAAACAGAUCCAUGGCAAGAACAGCUUCGACAACGCAAAUGAGGGCAGCCUGCACGAGGGCGGCCUGGAGUUUGAUUUUGGACGAAUGUAAAGUUUUUUUGUUUUUCAAGUAAGGUGAUUGGUUUUUCAAAGAGCCUCACUGUGGUCAGCCUGUGCAGUUGACACCAGAAGUUUACAUACACCGCAAGGUUUCCCCCAGAGAGCUUGAUACGCCUGGUGGUUGGGAGCCAUGCCAGUCGUUCAUCCAGUGGUUCGUCGUGUUUUUCAGUUAAAACACCAACAAUAACGUCUUUUUAAAAAAUGCAAAAAAUAUAAACAUACUUAAGUAAAUAAGCAAUGCUUAGCCUGGUGGGGGCACAGGAAAAGCCUGAUGGCCCGCCAGGCUCAUAAAACACUGGGGGUGGAAACCCUGCACCGCAUAAAAAGACACUUAACAGUUUUUUUUUUCUUACUGCCUGAAGUUAAAUCAGACCAAAUAUCUCUUGUUUCAGGUCAGGUAGAAUUGCCUCAAUUAUUUCUAUUUGCUAAACAGCAAAAACUUGGCAAGAUUUUUUUUCUAACUUUUUUUCAAACAUAGAAGUUUAAAUGCAGCUUAUCAGAAUCAGAGAUCCUUUUUUUAAAUUUUUAAAUUUUUUUAGCUCCAUGACCUAAAUCAAUGGGUUUCCGUCUGCUUACCUCUAACACAGGAGUGUCAAACUCCAGUCCUCGAGGGCCACUUUCCUGCAGUUUUUCGAUGUGCCACAGGUACAAAACACAGAAAUGAAAUGGCUUCAUGACCUCCUCCUUAUUCUCCAGAGCCUUACUAAUGACCUAGUUAUUAUAUUCAGGUGUGGUGCAGCAGAGGCACAUCUAAAAGUUGCAGGACACCGGCCCUCGAGGACUGGAUGUUGACACCCCUGCUCUAACAGAUUAUUUGAGUUAUUUGGAGACACAAAUGUGGAUGUAUUUUAGGGCCACAUCUGAAACCUACUGCUUUCCUGUUUGACAGUAGCCUGGUAAAGUCCUGCUCUUUGUUCUACACUUCACUCCGUAAAGCAGGUCUGGAAAGUCAAAACGACACCAGGAAGAGACCUGAAGGGCUUCCAAAGUCUGGUUCAAUUCAGGAACAGUUUCCAGAUGUCAGAAGAUGCUGCGUUGGUGGUAGAUGGCGAAUGGCUUGUGCUGCUCUUUAUUCCAUCCAGAGAACCCCGAAGCGCUGUAGGGGUAAUGCGUUAUGCUGCUUCUGUUGGGAGGAACUAAUCAGAACUCCAGCAAACCUGUGAGAUAUUUGAGCCAGGAAACCCAAAAUAUUUACCUCGAAAACAGUCAGAGGCGUAACUUCCUGAAGGACUGGUGUGGACAUGUCCCCACCAACUUUGGCGGGAAGGGGACAGUCCCCACCAAUAUUUCCUGCAUCCUUUUUUCUUUAAGCGACGUUGUAUUCAAAGUAAAUGUUUUUGUGUUUUUUUUUUUUGUGGCUUUUUUUAGUGUUAAUUAAUUCCUGAUGCAUUUGAACGUAAUCUUCGGAGCUGUUGUGUAUUGGUUGCUAGGGCAACGAGUCUGCACGUGCCGCAAAACGUACGUUUUUUCCCCUGGACAAAUCGUGUCUUUUGGUUCGUAGAACGUGGCGUCAUUCAGAGCAAUCAUCAAACAGGAUGAAAUAUUUCAUAAAGCGUGUAGGUUUAUUAGCGGAGAGAAUAUUUAUUUAAAAUAUCUAAACAUCAGCAACUCUGCUUUAAAACACAUUUUAUCGGAUCCACUGAUGACUCCAUUCACCAACUGCAUGCGAGUUUUGGCGCCAGAAAAAAAAAAGGCCUUCCAGUGACUGUGGGUGUUAAACCCUGAUAUUGACCAAAUGUAUGCUAACCUCUGACCUCUGAGUUCAAACAAAGUUAAAAAGGAAAAAAUCUCCUAAAUAAAGUCUUGCUGCAUUUUUUUUUUGUAUUUAGAAAAUAGUAAUAAUGUUGGUAAUUCUAACCAGCCUAAAACAAGAUAAGUUUGUCCUGAUCUAACUUCCGACAGAGAAAAUAAAUUAUGUUUGUGUCUUUUUUGUUCUGUGUAAGUAAACGUCAGGUGUCAGCUGUGUGCUUUAAAAUGGAGAGAACAACCAUAUCUGCACUUCACCAUGGCUUCAGUAAUGUGGACUGUUUUGGGGUUGUUUUUUUUUUUUGUUUUUCUGCGUACAAUACAGUGCAGACGCCUUUGUGUCAUACUUGAAACUUAAACACUGAACCACAAACAAAAAUGACUGAAGGUCUUCUGGUAAUGAAUCCUGGCCUGUGUGUGACAGUCUGUUACCUUAAUAAAAAAAAUAGAAAGAAAGAAACACUGCAAAAUCAAAUGUACAGGAUCUGUUUGUAUAUUGUGCUUAACAUAUGUAGCUGUUUGUUAUUAUCUCUAUGAAUAUGACAACAGGAAAUUCAUUAACAGAAGAAACGUGAAGGAGCUUGUUGGUACUGAAAUGUUGUACUGCAGGAUGUUUCUGUCGUUUGUGGAGCUGGAAAGCGUUUGUAUGACAUGAGCUGUUUUCUGUAGACGUAAUGUCAGAGGUAACAUAGGACCAAAAUGACAUCCUCUCUGUUCUUUGUUCAUGAAAUAGAACGUUCUCAGAAAAAAUAAAAAUGUCAACAUCG